AUGGGAAACGGCCACGGCGGGCCCUUCGCGACCGCCCGCCUCUUCGCCGAGGCCGCGGCGGAGCUCCACGGCAUCGCGCGCCGCCUCCUGCCCCUCCGGCUGAGCAAAGGGCAGCCCCUCCUCCACCGCGGCGAGGUCGCCGACGCCGUUUAUUUCAUCGCCGCCGGGGUCUUUUCCUGCGCCCGGGCGCCCUGGCGACGGUCGUUUCCGGCGGCGUCCGGGGGGUUGAAGCGACGCGAUCGCGACAGGCCGUUUGUCGAGGUUUCCACCCUCGUCGCGGGGGAUUUUUGUGGGGAGUUGGAGCUGCUCGGGUACGACCCGGAUGAGCGACCAGGGGAGGGGGUGGUGUGGGGGGCCGCGUAUUGGCGGGAGGCCCUCGCACGACGACUUUCCGUCGCGAUCGACCCCGCCGGCGCGCUCGCGAGCGUCUGCCUCGCGGGAACCCUGGAAAAAACGGACGAAACCCCGUCCAAUACCGAAGAAAAGGAAGCUAAAACGCAGGAAAUGACGAACGAAACAACCAAGGAUAAGGAAGAAGACGGGUAUACCGCGGUUGAGCCGGAAGAGGACGCGAUGGACGAUCUCAUGGAGGAGGAAAAUGAGGAAGAAACAAACAACCACGGGCGAUGUGAGGAACGAAUCUUCUCGCCUGGUGCGGCGGAGCAUCCUCGCGCGCGAAUCGCUACGGUGCGGGCGAAAACCCCGGCAAUGGUGUUUCGCCUUGACUACGACGCCUGUCGGGUGCUUUUUAGUGAAAAAACGUUCGCGCGUCUUCGGGAAUAUGUGAGGGGGUAUCCUUCAAACGAGGACCUCCGGGUGGUUCUCACAGCGCAGCGGAAAUGGCGGGAAUACCGCGCGAAAGUCGUGGAGGACGUUCUGCGUGAUGUUUCCCACACCAAAGCAAAAUCCGGGCGAUCCUCAUGA